CGCCGCCGCCAUCUUGUUGGUGCCGCAGGGUACAUGGGGAUGUAUGUUUGAUUGAGUGCCAUCAAGAUGGAUGAGACAUUGCCUGCUGUUUUACCUGCUUCUUCUCUCAUCAUUCAAUCUAAGACUCACAAAGAUACGGUUUUAACUAACUUUGAAGAACAAAGAAAAAGAAAUUUCUUGUGUGACAUCACUUUAAUUGCUGAGGAUGUUCAUUUCAAAGCACACAAAGCACUGCUUGCUGCUAGCAGUGAAUAUUUCUCUCUGAUGUUUGCUGAUGAAAGCCAGCAAGGUCAAGGUAUCUAUAUGCUUAAUGGAAUGGCAGCAGAUACCUUCAGUGCUGUGCUGGAAUUCAUAUACACUGGUCGUCUGAAUGUCGCUGAAAAGUCUAUUGAGCAUAUUGUGACCAUUGCUGAGAUUCUGAAAGUGAAUGAUUUAAUUAAAGCAUAUUCAGACUAUCAGGACAACCACUUACAUGUUAAGGUAUCAUUAGCUUCCAAUGGAAUUAAAGUGGUAGUUGUGGAUCCCAAUGUUGAUAAGGAUCAGCCCUCAAAGCCAAAACGCAAAAGGGGAAGGCCCCGGAAAUGUGAACAGCAGCAAACAGAAAGGACUGAAGCUGACAGUGGGACUCCAUCUGACCCACAAGAACAUCUGAGCACAUUAGAAGAACCUACAGAUGAAUCUCAUUGUAAAACAGGCAAUAAGAUUACCAGUGAAGGGAGUCAAAGCUAUCAGGUUUCAGAACCAGAAACCUGUUUUGAUGCUAACGCAGCUUCACAGACAGAAGGUUAUGAACAUAAAUUAACGGCGGUGGGUCGCAGCCGCUACAGUAACCGUAGAAUUCAGAGGCCUAUUAAGUUAAUGGGGUACAAGCUUGGCACAGUAGAGGAGGAACAGGAGGAAAUGAAGAAGCGAGGGAGGAAGAGAAAGUAUCCGGAUGUGGAGGCUAGAUGUGAAGACUGUGAUAAAGUAUUCAAAAAUCAUCACUUCUUGGCCACACAUCGAAGGACACACACAGGUGAACGUCCUUUUAAGUGUUUUGAAUGUGGUAAAGGAUUUUCACAGAAGCACACGCUGCAGGUUCAUGAGCGAAUGCAUACAGGGGAGCGUCCUUAUCACUGCACAGUUUGUGGAAAGGCAUUGACCACCAAGCACUCUUUGUUGGAGCACAUGAGUCUGCACACAGGAAAGAAAGCUUUUAAUUGUGACCAGUGUGGGAAGUUUUUUACUCAGAGAAGACAGUUGAAGAGCCAUUACAGAGUCCAUACAGGUCAGUCUAUGCCUGAAUGUGUGCACUGUCGUCGUAAAUUCAUGGAUGCUGCUCAGCUGAAGAAACAUAUGAGAACACACACAGGUGAGAAACCAUUUACAUGUGAGAUUUGUGGUAAAUGUUUUACUGCAAAGAAUACCCUGCAGACCCACAUCAGAAUCCACAGGGGAGAAAAACCCUUUACCUGCACUAUAUGUGGAAAAUCCUUUGCUGAUCCAAGUGCUAAAAGACGUCAUGAUGCCAUGCACACAGGAAACAAGCCUUUUGUGUGUCCAACUUGUCAUCAGCGAUUCACUCGAGCUGACAACCUUAGGUCUCACAUGAAGAUUCACAGCAAGGAGAGGAAAAACAGUGAAAUCAUUAGUGUACCAGCUAAUGGGGAUGCAGAAGGAGUGAAGACUAUCUUGCAACUGCAGCAGUACCAGCUUCCUACUGUAGGUGAACAACAGAUACAGCUGGUGGUAACAAAUGAUGUUGACAAUAUUAAUUUCAUGCCCAACCAUGGACAGAGCAUUCGUAUUAUUUCAGCAGAGGGAUCACAGAGUCUGCCGAGUGACCAGGCUUCAAAUUUGGCUCUGCUGACUCAGCAAGGAGAGCAGAUGCAGAACCUGACUCUGGUAGCUCAGCCUGGCCAAACAGACAACAUCCAAACCAUUGGCAUGGUGGGAAACCAGCAAUGUCCAGGCCACCCAGACCAUAUGCAUGUGAUCACAUUGACGAAAGAGGCAAUGGAGCACCUCCAGGGUCAAGCUCAACAACUGCAGAUAACACAAGGGAGAUCACAGCCUAUUAGUCUUGGGCAGGAACCCACUCAGCCAGUUCAUUUGAACCAGGAAACAGCUCAGCAUCUUCAACAAGCUCGAUCAGCAGAAGUUUCUGAUCCAUCAACUCAAACAAUCUCUGCGAACCAAUCUUCACAACAAAUGCAAGGAGAGCCACUUGCAGAUCAAACAUUCCAAUUGCAAGCAGACAAUGUUUCUUACCUUUACACUACUAACUUAGUUACACACAGCUAGAAAAAUCCAAAAAUGUAGUUGCAACUGUUUACUGAAAA